AUGAGACACAAAGUGUUUGAUGAUGACAUGGAAGAAGAAAUCGAUGUCUUUGAUUUAGAGUGCAAGGAAUGGGGUUUUUGUCUCAGGGACCUGUUUGGACUCGGGCUCGGUACCGGUGACUAUGGCCAUUUAACUGUUGAACACGCCUCCAUGUUACUAAGGAACUUCAGAUCUUUACGUGACUACAGCAAUCAAGGCUUUGAGGCCUCGCAUAAACUGCAAAAGCAGAUAUAUAGCCGGGCGACUAACCACGACGGCAGUGGCGAAGCUUCUUCAUUGGACCAGAUAUUAACUCACCAUUACGCUGAAAGGCUUCUGUUCUUAAGGCUUUGUUUCAGAAAUGCUAAAGAAUGCGCAAGAAAAGGAAAGAAAUUUUACUUCCGAGGAUGUGGCUGGUCGAACGCCGUAAGUACAAAGAAGUGGAGUGCAACACACAAGCGCUGGAUUGACGUUAUGGACGAGUUGUUUACUACAUUCAUGGGUAAAGACUUCCUCGCGUAUAGGUAUACUGAAGAUUUAUCUUGCGUUGUGGUAGAAGAGGAUUGCCCCUUGCUCGAGUACGACGACGCUAGUUGGGACAACAUUGGCAAGAUGAAACUAAUCGAACGUCAAUGGCUAGAGAGUGAGACGCCGCGUGCACGAAAAAAAAAGAAGGGACGUAUUCCGAAAAAAAGUCGCCGAAAGCUAUUCAAGACCCGCAAGAGAAAGAAGAACAGUCGUUACUCAUCCGUGGUUUCUUCCUCUUCCUCAAAAAGCACGAUUCCGGAUAAAAAGAAUGCCUCGCCAAAUCUUCGCAACGCAAAACGCAAAUCGAGAUUGGCGCCUUCAUCUGUGAAUACCAAACGAAAACCGCCGUCAUCAACAUCAGACUCCACAAAAUCACAGGAAUCGUGCCUCCCCCAAACUCGCCGAUGUCUCUUUGGGUUUUCUAACAGAAAACGUAGACAGCGGUCACCUUUAACAACUUCGUAUCCGAAGCGUAAAACAUCAUUGUUUUCAACACCUCUGGCUACUUCAACGCUAUCGUCGGACGCAAGUGGACCACCAUCACCGUCGCCUUUGGAUGCUUCACCACCGCUUUCAGCUGACUGCAGUCUAUUAUCUUCAUCACCCUCGGCCUCUACACCGCCGCUAUCAGUCUUCAGUGGACAACCAUCACUGUCAGCUUCAGCUACUACAUCACCGUCAUCAGCCUCCACGUCGUUAGCCAGUACGAUACAAACGACUUGUUCAACUGCCCUACCACCGUUUGAUCAUGUGUUCUCUUCUGCUUGUCCAAGGGAAGAAAUGUUGACAUGUAAACUUCCUGCUGUUGAUUGCAGUGUAACCGUGCAAGAAAAUGUGCUGGUGAGAGUACCGGACAAUUUCGAAUACACUAACGUCACAACACUCCAGAAACGUCCUCCAGCAUGCGUAGUAAAUGAUGCUGUUUCUCUUAUCAGAGAAAUGAGGAAGGAAGUUGACGAUAAAGCGUUUAUCGACUUAGAAGAUAACGAUGUAAAUGUGGGCGUGUCAAUUGGAAAACUUGGCGUUUUCUCAAGAGCUGGUCUGGGACAGCUUGAAUGGCUAGCAGAGGUUGCCGAAAUGCAGUGCAAUUCGCAAGAAGAGGAAAGGUGGCUGAUGCACUCUACAGACAAGUUAGACGAUGAAACAAGACACAAAAUACCGCACACUAUUACCUGGCUCAACACUGGAGAGAGAAGCUUUAUCCGGCAAUGUUUUGAAGAAGUGUUGCAAAAUGUCAAGCCUGGCUUAUUAAGCUUGGUAUUGGUUCCGGUAAACAUGGACAAUGUACAUUGGGGACUAAUGGUCCUCGAUGUAAAAAACAAAGAAGCAUAUUUUGAUGAUGGCCUUGGAUAUUCUUUCUCCAAAACUUCUUAUGUCUUUCUUAUCAUGAGUGAGCUUCAGUCCAAGUUUCCAGACUGCGAUGACUUUUCUCUGGAUGACUGGCGUAAUGUAAAAACAUUCAAAAGGUUUGGAAUGCCGAGACAACCGACAGAUGGCCAACUAAUUGGAAGCGGCAGUUGUGGCGUUGGGGUUAUUCUAGCGGCCCUUGAUUUUAUGACCUCUUCACAACCUAAAGUUGUUUCACGGUCGUGGAACUUCAGUGAGAUGACAGCACACAGGAAGGACAUAAUGAAACUGCUUGCUUGCAGGUAGUUUGUUCUCUUCGAAGCCAUAAGCCAGCUACAAGUUUGGCCAAAACGUUUGGGACACUGCCGCGAAAAGAGAAAUUUUCUUUACGCUCCCUUCUCCAAUUCACUAAUUAUCAGUAAUUCUUACCAUUAAACUUUUGUAUCUUUUAAUUAGUUGAAAAUGUUCGGCUACUUCCAUGUUAAGCAGCAAGACUCUCAGCAAAAACCUUAUUCCAAAAUUUUCCCUUUCAGUGAAUCGCAAUGGAACAUAGUAGCUUCAAAUUUAUGACGUCAGGUUUAUGACGUAACC